AUGUGUGCGAAAAGCUUGAGCAUUUUUAAUGAUUCCUUUUUUCCCCUUUUUGUAUUUCUUAUAGAUUUCCAAGAAGCCUUCAAUUUGUUUGACAAUCGUGGUGAUGGGAAAAUCCAACUUAGCCUAGUAGGUGAAUGCUUACGAGCCUUGGGGCAAAACCCCACCGAAUCGGAUGUGAAAAAGUGUGCACAUCAAUUUAAGUCGGAUGAGCGUAUAUCCUUUGAAGUAUUCCUGCCCAUUUAUCAAGCAAUUUCUAAGGCUCGUUCUGCUGAUACAGCUGACGAUUUUAUUGAGGGCUUACGUCAUUUUGACAAAGAUGCAAGUGGUUUUAUAUCAUCGGCCGAACUAAGACAUUUGCUUACUACACUGGGCGAGAAAUUAACUGAUGAAGAAGUUGAACAAUUACUAGCUAAUCAAGAAGAUUCCCAAGGUAAUGUCAAUUACGAAGAAUUCGUACGUAUGGUCAUUAGUGGCUGAAAGG